AUGACGACCACUUCAGAAUCCGCCAAGCAGAGCUUCAAAGUUGCGCUAGUUGGUGGGGGCGUGUGCGGAUUGGCGUGUGCUGUUGGUCUGAUGAAGGCCGGGGUUGACGUGGAGGUCUUCGAGGCCGCAGCGCACUUCAAGGAAAUUGGAGCCGGAAUAGGCAUCGGAGCAAAUAGUCUUCCCAUCCUGAAGCAUUUUGGCGUCCUGGACGAAGCCCUUGCCCAAGCACAUGAAGACAGACUUAACAUGAAUAUGUUCUGGUUUAUCUCGGGAAAGACAGGUGAAUUGUUCUACGAGUACCCUACAAUCGAGAGCGAUUAUGGCUUGGGCCUGCAUCGGGCUGCAAUACUCGAUACAUGGAUUAAAUUUGUAGACCCCAAGAGGACUCAUUUCAACAAACGAUGCACGGGAGUCAGCAUCGCCGCUGAUAGCUCCUCACGUUCCGUCGUACACUUUGGUGAUGGCACGACUUACGAAGCCGACGUGGUCAUUGGCGCAGAUGGGAUAAAGAGCACUGUUCGUGGAGCAUUGAAUGGAGACGUUGGAAUGCACGGAGUUGUCUUCGCUCGCACGAUCUGUUAUCGUGGUCUGAUUCCUCGCGAAAAGGUGCAGGCUGCGGGGGUGAAGACAGACCUUUUCAGUGGCCGACCCGUCUGCUACCUAGGCGAUAGCAAGCAUAUCAUUGUUUUUCCCGUAAAGAAUUCAACUUUGAUCAAUGUUGUGGCAUUUGUGGCGGAUUACAGCAAACCUAUUGGGUCGGACUACCUUCCCCCUGGAGAGCCGUGGGUCAAGGUCGUACCACAAGAAGAGAUGAUUCAAGCAUAUGACGGAUGGGGGAGCGAUGCGAUUUCUCUGCUGAAAUGUAUCGAAGAACCAAGCAAAUGGUCGGUACACGUGCUUUAUCCCCCACUCGACAGCUACGUCAAAGGCCGUGUAGCAUUGCUUGGUGAUGCGGCACAUGCUAUGCUACCGCAUUUAGGUGCGGGUGCAGGUCAAGGCAUAGAAGAUGCUUAUGUUCUCGUCGAGCUGCUGAAACAUCCACAGACAACAACAUCUAACAUUGAGGCGGUUCUUCAAGCAUACGAUCGUAUUCGGCGACCACGAGCGCAGAUGGUCUGGAAUGGCAGCUACCGGGCGGGACGAAUCUAUGAUGGAGCCGCAGAACAUGACCAAUCUCCUGAAGGCGUAAGCGAAGACAUAGGUCGCAUGUGGGAUCCCGUCAUUCAUCACGAUGUUAGAGACCAAGUUCAAUCUGCCGUAGAUUGGCUGAAGGAGACACUUGUGUUCACUUGA